AGGCGGCCCCGCGCACCCAAGAUGGCGGCGGUGGAGCUGGAGUGGGUGCCCGAGACACUCUAUAACACCGCGAUCUCGGCCGUGGUGGAUAGUUACGGGCGGGCCCGGCGUCGGGAUAUCCGAUCGUUACCCGAGAACAUCCAGUUUGACGUGUAUUACAAGCUUUACCAACAGGGACGCUUGUGCCAGCUGGGCAGUGAAUUUUGUGAACUAGAAGUUUUUGCAAAGGUGCUACGAGCCUUAGAUAAAAGACAUCUGCUUCAUCACUGUUUUCAGGCUUUGAUGGACCAUGGAGUAAAAGUUGCUUCUGUACUGGCCUAUUCUUUCAGUAGACGGUGCUCCUACAUAGCAGAAUCGGAUUCUGCUGUAAAAGAAAAAGCAAUCCAGAUUGGUUUUGUUCUAGGGGGAUUUCUGUCAGAUGCAGGCUGGUACAGCGAUGCUGAGAAGGUAUUUCUUUCCUGCCUUCAGUUAUGCACGCUUCAUGAUGAAAUCUUUCAUUGGUUUCGUGCUGUAGAAUGCUGUGUAAGGUUGCUGCAUGUUCGAAAUGGGAACUGUAAAUAUCACUUGGGAGAAGAAACAUUCAAACUCGCUCAGUCUUACAUGGACAAACUGGCAAAGCACGGUCAGCAAGCAAACAAAGCAGCGCUCUACGGGGAGCUGUGCGCGCUGCUCUUUGCCAAGAGCCACUACGAUGAGGCUUAUAAAUGGUGUAUAGAAGCUAUGAAGGAGAUCACAGUUGGCCUGCCUGUAAAAGUAGUAGUGGAUGUUUUGCGACAAGCUUCAAAGGCUUGUGUUGUAAAACGUGAAUUUAAGAAGGCUGAACAGCUGAUAAAACACGCAGUAUACCUUGCUCGGGAGCAUUUUGGAGCCAAACACCCCAAAUAUUCUGAUACGCUGCUAGACUACGGAUUUUACUUGCUCAACGUAGACAAUAUAUGCCAAUCGGUUGCAAUCUAUCAGACAGCUCUAGAUAUCCGGCAGUCAGUAUUUGGAGGUAAAAACAUACAUGUAGCUACAGCUCAUGAAGACUUGGCUUACUCUUCCUAUGUUCACCAGUACAGUUCUGGAAAAUUCGACAAUGCUCUGUUCCAUGCUGAACGUGCUAUUGGCAUUAUAACUCACAUCCUCCCAGAAGACCAUCUUCUCUUGGCAUCUUCAAAGAGAGUUAAAGCACUUAUUCUGGAGGAGAUUGCAAUAGACUGUCACAACAAGGAAACUGAGCAGAGGUUACUUCAAGAAGCUCAUGACUUGCAUCUGUCCUCACUCCAGCUGGCUAAAAAAGCCUUUGGGGAGUUUAAUGUACAGACAGCAAAACACUAUGGUAACCUGGGAAGACUGUAUCAGUCCAUGAGAAAGUUUAAGGAAGCAGAAGAAAUGCACAUCAAGGCAAUUCAGAUUAAGGAGCAGCUUCUAGGUCAAGAAGACUAUGAAGUUGCCCUGUCAGUGGGUCAUCUAGCUUCUCUCUACAACUAUGAUAUGAAUCAAUAUGAAAAUGCCGAGAAGCUGUAUUUGAGAUCCAUAGCAAUUGGAAAGAAGCUUUUUGGUGAAGGAUACAGUGGACUUGAAUAUGAUUACAGAGGUCUCAUUAAACUGUACAAUUCCAUUGGCAAUUACGAGAAGGUUUUUGAAUACCACAAUAUUUUGGCCAAUUGGAACCGGUUGCGGGAUCGGCAGUUCUCGGUUACAGAUGCUCUGGAGGACGUAAGCACCAGCCCUCAAUCCACUGAAGAAGUGGUCCAGUCUUUUCUGAUGUCUCAGAGUGUUGAUGGACAGAGUAGCUAGGAACUUCGUCAGUUAACCAGUUAAGGUGUUUUUCCCCAGGUUACGAGGGGAAAAGUCAUACUGUGAAAUCUAAACCAUGUAGUUCUCUGGGGGCUGGAAUUUGCAUUGAAACACUGGUCCAGUCUACUGAAGAGUGCCCAUACGGACGAAUGUGUGUUAAAUUCUUAUCAGCAUGUGUAUGGCAUGUGUAGUUCGGCUCACAUUUUUAACUUGGUAUUCCUGAAAACCCCUUCUUUCUCUCUUCUUUUAAAAGAAGCUACUUUGCAGAAAGUCUGCGAGAAAACAUUAAAUAAAACUGUUUGAGUUCAAAAGAGUUGCAUUCUUAUUAUGAAUGGAAGGUUUCAUCCGGAGCUUUCUUCUGAUAUAUAGAAAGAAUAAAUGCUGUGUUAUAGAUACGAGACAGGCCUUUCUACUGUAGGCAUUGUAGCAAAGCUUAAUCGUAAAUAUCGAGAAGAGGGAGAAUGCCCCAGCCUUGGCUGCUGCCUUAUGAAGAAGAGUGGCAAAGAACCACUGUGGAGAGCAACACGCUCCGUGUGAACCACGAUAGGUGGUUAAGCAAGUAACCGCCUUAUGUUGGUUUCAGUAUCCUGAACUGGACCAGUGUUCAACUGUAAGCGAUAGAAGAUCCAGUAGACCAGCAAUCUUCGUUUUCCUUGGUACCAACCAAGAGUGCUAAUCUUCUGAACAGGACCAGGAAAAUCAAAAGUGGACCAGCCUGCUAGAAACAGUUUUUGGACCAGUGGCUUUAAUUUAAUAUUUCUGCCCCUGCAUUCACAUUUACGGUAGAAUUAUUUCAUUUAGGUGUAUGAUCAGUGCAAAUUAUAUUCAUGUAAUAGAUACAAAACUAGGAAGUGAACGUUCUUUAGCGGUUGCGAUGGCAUGUCUUUACCUAGUGAGCUUAAACAAAUAUUAAUGUCAAUGCCACAGGCAAAAAACUAGAAACGCUUAACUAUUUGCAGCCAUCUUUUUUUUUUCCUUGUCGAACGGGCUUACUCUAAUAACUGAGGCAGUAACUUGUUUAUACCAGUUAAUAGUUUUGUAUUACAAUCCAGUUCAAUUAUGUGUUUCUGGAGAACACAAUUUAUUGUACAGUUUGCAGGGGUCAGCAGAAAAAUGCCAAAAAGCACAACAGGUCUUUUUUUGUGAUGCUUGAUUUCUACAUUAAACAACAGUACAACCAUAAACUGAUUCCUUUAUGUUAAUUUAAAAAGCAGAGGUCAGCUGUAAAGAUCCUUUAAUGAUGCCUCUCUCACUUGCUUGUCUUAAUUUUUCUUCUGUCGGGGGGGGCUGUUUGGUUGUGUGGGUUUGUUUUUUUGGUUUGGUGGGUUUUUUGAUUAUUUUAUUUUUUAAUGUUGAGGUAAUGAUCAUCUGAAAGUCUGUAACGUAGCAAACUAGGAACAACUCACUGCUGUUACCUCAGUUCUUACAGCGGCACAAGCAGUGCUCCUAUGGUCACGAUUCUGUCAGGUUUGGCUUUUCUCCCUUCCUCCCCUGUGUUCAGGGGUUUGUAACUUGGCCAUGGAGGUCGGUCCAAGCACAGUGCCUACAGGGCUUGGACUGGAUGUUUUGUUUGCAGUCUGGUUUUUAAUUGUUCAUGAAAUUUAGGACAGGGAAAGCUUCUUGUUAGUCUUUGAGAGAGAGUGCAGAGAAAAAAACACGAAUUUCAGACACAACUUUGAGCUUAAUGGCUCUUAACUGAAAUUUUACAGGCCAAUAGUUCAUAUACCUGGUGCCUUCAAGUGUAUUUUUGGGAGAAAGGCUGAAUAAUACCAACUUUAAAAUGCAGUUACGUCAUUAGUGAAUGCAGAUUUAAUGAUUGCGUACUCGAACUGUCUUCACUGAUGUGAAAAGAAGUGUUUGCAUUAAAAAAAACCCUGUGGUAUUAAUACUUAGACUGCAGUAUAUUGUCAAUGGCUGUUCAAUGAAAAUCCAGUUUAAAAUUGUAUGUAGAUUUACAGUCUAAUUUAUUUAUAGCAAUUUAUGUUUAUGGCUGCUUUGGGUACUACAAACAAACUCUGCUUUCUACAAGGCAAAAUGGGUUUUUUUAUCCCUGAAUGUGAUUCAUCAGUGCCCUGUGCUGUGGGCAAAGUUCUUAUGAAUUCUUUCUUAAGUCCUAUUGAAACUAUUUAGAAGUAAAUGAAGUCUGUAGUACUGAUGCCGGAAGUUGGGCAGGGAAGGUGUGCUUCAAAUUGUCCUAAAGGAGCUGUGUGAUUUCUGUACUGCACAAGUGUGGGGUACGUGGGUUUACAUUUGCAUUAUCUGGAGAGUACUUCUUACAUCAGGGUUUCCGGUCUUGGGUCUCCCAUUUCCAGCUUUUGACUAAGGCAGCUCAGAGAUCUCAAGGCUUUGUGUUUGGGAUGAGGAGCAUCAUUUCUGAUACCAGGGAGAGUGGUUAAAAUGAACCACUGCUGUUAAUUUGGCUCUGGUUUGCAUAUCUGUUUCAUUAUUUGCCUUCGAGUCAGUACAACGAGGAGAGCUCUCACCUUGGGGCAGGCGAGGGAGGUGUUCUGCUUCUGUCCGAUAACCAGAUGCGUUAGUUCGGUUUGUUUAAUUGGUUGCUUUGUUCUUGGAUCUUGCUGCGUGGAUGUACUUCUUUCUUUCCUAAAGCUACUUCACCAGCACGUUAUCUGCUUCGGUGUGUUGACUUGUUUGGAAGGAAUUAAGGUCCUAAAAGACACCCAAAAUUCUUAUUGGUAAUGAACUUUGGCCAAGAAAUGUGACUUAGCCAAGAGUAGCUGUAGUGAUGCUCGUAGGACUACUGGCACGCCUUUCAUGUGACUCUUGGGUUGAACUUCUCAUUGUAGCCUCCCUGCAAGUCUAGUCAUGCCAAGGCACGUCAAGUCUGGAGAAAGGGAGCUGUGUCCCAUGGCUAAAGUUACAGGAGGUCUGCAGAACAUUGCAGCUGCCUGCAAAGUGCGCUGCUGACAGCUCGGCCGUGGCUUGGGACUUUCACCUAAUAGUGUUCUUGCUGCAGACGUGGUAGUUCUCCAUGUAGUAGCAUAAAUCCGUUCUUGCUGGUUCUUAGUUCUGAAAUCUCCUAAAUUGAGUCUUAGUUGGCAUCUGGAACAUGUUUGAAAUGCUGCGGUGUCAGUCGUUGGUUACUGCUCCUGUCUCGGCUGCUACAGCAGUUUGUUUGAGAGUACAGUGGAAGUAGGAGUCCGAGUGGCUGACCUCGGGGGAGGUCAAUGACGUGUCCCUCCCACCAGUGCUGGAGUGGAACUUGUACUAUUUUGAUAUUCCAUGACUUCAGCAGCAGACAGUGAGACGAGCAGGGUGAGAAGUCUGAUGUUCUCUGUGCUGUGUGGUUUUUCAGUGCAGAACUCUCCAACACAAAGCCUCUAUUUUCCUUCCUUCUCUUGGAGGCAGAACUGGGAAUUCGCCCCUGUCCUACCCAGAACGGGUUUUCCAGACACGUUGAGGGUGGCAGCUGCAGGUUAGCCUCGUGCGUUGGGAGACCUCUUACCCUGUGUGACUUAAGCAGCCAACUAUGAACCACUAGAUCAAGUUAAUUAGCGAUUGCCAUUCUCUGUGCGCACAGCACACCUUCUGCUGGCUGAGCAGGGGCUGUUCGGUGCUGGCAAAUUCCACCUGUGAGUGGAAAUCCACUGAAAUGAGUCUGCAGAGUCUUUCUUGAAGGUAAGUAAUUUAAUCACCCCGGAUCAGUUGGAUGCAGUGGUGAGAACAGCAGUCAACUUAAGGAAAAUAAUUCUAACUGUUGUUGAAAUUAAACCCUUAAUAUUUUAUUUCCAGUGUGAAGUUGUUUGAACCGGUAAUUUGUGUGUCCUCUUCUAUGCGAACACUGCGGUUUGUAAGGAGGGAGGAAGGUGGCGUUGGGAUUUCUCCCCUGGGGCUUUUCCGGGUGACUUGUUAGGGAAAGGCAGAAGUACACAAAGACUUAAAGAGCUGACAAAAGGGGAAGGGAAAGCUGUAAAAGGAGGUCUGAAAAUAGAUAUAUCCCUGAGCUAUUUGAAGCAAACCAACCAGUGACUAUUUGGCCCCAAACACUUGUUUGGUCACUUCUGUAGCAUGGUGUUAGAUGACAACCAGUGAGUGUCUGCCUCCCUGUCCUGCUCUCCAGGUGCACUCGUCACUCUGUGUCAAUACCUAGCGUUUAAGAGUUGUUUUUCUUUUUGCACACAGUUUUUGUUAAAUAAUUUUGAAGGGUUUUUGUUGUUUAAUUCUAACUUAUUAGGACAACGGUGUUCUUCUGUAACUUUGAAAAUGGAGUUUUUUCUUUAAACGUGCUGCAGUUUCAAGUUUGCAAAAAGUGCCAUUGCGCUGCUUCUCAUGGUACACAAAAUGCACAUUUAACUUGAUGUCCUUUUUCUAGUCCUACGCUUCGGUAGAGUACAAAAAGGAAAAUGCACCGUGCCUAAAACAGGAGUGAAGCUAUUGACAGAAAUUUGACUUGAUUGUUAUGGAUUGGAUUUGACUUUGCAGGCCAGCAGCACGUAGCGUGGGAGAUGUUGCUGGUAUCAGUCUUUCGGAGAUCCUUCCCGCUGCUGCCUUUGUGGAAACCUUGUUUUAUCUAAAGAUCAUGGUUUCCUUUUUUUCCUUAUAAUAAAAUUCCUGGCUGAACGUUCACUGCAAAUCUGAGUCUUUGUGGCUGUUCCAUGUCUGACCCGACCGGCCUGUUGCAUGUUGGGUUUCUUGGCCUUGCCAGGAUUUCUGUGUGAAACUCCCUUUACCUAGAAAUAAACUCAAUUACGUAUGAAGAAUUGGCAGCGCUGGUGAUGCUUUUGUCCCGAAAUCUCAGGAACGUUUUAGGCAGUGGAAACAGGUUUCCCUUUGGUGAUAUAAAGGUGUGUGCUCUAGGGUCAUGUUUAACUCUUUCAUUGCAAUCCUAGGUAUCUAUAGCAUGAGUGGCCUUAGUGAGUUUGUUGAAGUGCACAUUUUUUUUUUCGUUUCAAAAGUAAAUUUUAAGAUGAAAAAGAUAUAUACUAUAUAAAUAUAUAGAGAUAUUUAGAAACUUGGUUUGUGGUGCACAAGUUCAGUGUUGGAUCGCUAAAUAAUUGUCGCAGGUACCAUAUGUGUAAUUUCUUUUAUGUAUAUUCCUUUUUGGGAAGCGAUGUUGCCAUGGUAACUUCAACUUUACAAUUUCUUUACUACUUAAUGAUGUGAAUGAACUCUACAUUUUAUUGAAUAUUACCAGGUUCAGUACUAUUUUUAUACUUUAUUGAACUACAGGGGAUUUUAAUUUAAUAGCAUUUUAAAAAAGAUAUUGCUUGAACUGUAUAACUGUAUAAAUCGAACUGCUUAUACGAAAACCACCUCUAAACCAGAAUCUCUACCUGUAGUGCCACAUUCAUUUAUAUGAGAGUAUCUUGAUCAUUACUAGAUUUGGAAGACCACCCUACUUGUCGUGUCGAGACUAAUGUGUCGAGACUUUCAUAUCCUACUUCUCAUGGACUGCAGUGCCCAACCUUCUAUGUAACCAUCGAACCAUACUAUGUUUGUAACCAGCAUUGUGAUAUUCUGUAAUUGUAUUGCUAAAAUGAACUAUUGACCUAAUAAAUAUAGUGU